CAGGGGGGGGGGCGCUUCUCUUCACUCCGUAUAAAACUGAAGCGCCAGGAUCUCUUGAAGCUCAACGCGAGAUAGCGUUAGGCGCGUGCCACUACCGAGCUCAUCACGAAUAAGUGCCAAACUAGGUGUAAAGAUGUACAGAACCACUAGAUCACCAAUGAUGCAAUCCCUUGUCAACUCGGGAAUGGGCGUGGCUCCUUUCUUCAAGGUGACUGUGUUCGAGCAGGAGCACUUCCAGGGCAAGUGCCAGGAGUUCACCUCUGAGUGCUGCAACAUCCACGAGUGUGGUCUAGACAUCAUCCGCUCCAUCAGAGUGGAGAGUGGAGCCUGGGUGGGCUUUGAGCACCAUGACUUCCAGGGCCAGCAGUUCAUCCUGGAGAGAGGAGAGUACCCCCACUGGGACGCCUACAGCGGUUCCCUGUCCUACCACGUGGAGCGCCUCAUGUCCCUGCGUCCCAUCUACUGUGCUUCCCACAUGAGCAGUCGUAUGAUGAUCUUUGAGAGAGAGAACUUCAUGGGCCGCAGUGUUGAGCUGUGUGACGACUACCCCUCCCUGCAGGCUAUGGGCUGGUCCAUGCCCGAGGUCGGCUCCAUGCACGUGCAGUGUGGCGCCUUUGUGUGCUACCAGUACCCCGGCUACAGGGGCCAGCAGUACAUCAUGGAGUGUGAGAGACACAGUGGAGACUACCAGCACUGGAAGAACUGGGGCUCCCACUCCCAGACCCCCCAGAUCCAGUCUAUCCGCCGUAUCCAGCAUUAAGAGGGGCUAGAGGCUGAGGCCCAAGAACCGCAAUCCCCAGCCCAGAUGCUGCUCUACCCCUUACCCCCCCAAUGGAAGACCAGCUGCCCCUAACUACUGACUCACCACAUAACACUGACACACACAGCCGCUCCGAGGUACAAUGAGACUAUAUCGCACCGGUAAAGCACAGGAACACACACACACUGACAUGACUGACAUAACCCAGUUAAUUUUUUUAUCAGGGUAGAGCACCCACACACAGACACACACCUGCUCUGUACUAACUGAACCCCUGUCCAGGUCACCUGGGCUGAGCAGGGAGCCACACAUCCUGCUCAAACCAGAGGUCAACGCAUCAACAGGCACCAGUUUCAAGAUGGCCACCACCAUAGUGCAGCCUUAAUGUGAUGUGUGUAGGAGGUUGAACCAAAGGUUAACUAAUAAACUCAUGUUCACUUCA